AUGUAUGUCCUCGCAGCAGCGGUCGUCGUUGCAUCAUGCAUCUUGUAUGCCGUCCGCUAUCUCUUCUUCCCGCUGCCAGAGACGUGCAAUAUCCCGACAAUACCGUUCUGGGUCGGGAUGCUGCCUCUUUUCAAGGAUGUCGACCAGCAAGAUGUCUUUCGCUCGCAUAUUGACAAGCCUCUGCGUACGCAUGGUGCUGUAAAGAUCUUCUUUGCAUCUCGUUGGAACGUUCUCAUUCACCGUCCCGAGUAUCUUGCCGAAGUCUUUAGGCAGACCGACCUGUACGAGAAAAGCGGAAACCAGAAGAAGAUUCCACACACCUUGCUUGCAAAUUUUCUUGGAGACAAUAUAAUAUCUAGCCAUGGAGAAAAUUGGAAGAAAUAUCAGAAGGUUAUUAAGCCGGGACUGCAAGCCCGCCCUAAUGUCGAGAAAUUGCGGGAAAACGCCAUCGUCCUCGGUGAAAUGCUACUGAAUGGUGCCGUCGGAGGCAAUGCUGUGAUGGUGCCGGCCGACAUCCAGAGAUACACCACUUGCAAUUUUGCAGAGAUAUUCUUCGGUACCGGAUACGAAACACUUUACAGCAGAGAUACGCCUCUUCACCGCCUACAAUUAAUGCUCCGCAAGGAACUCUUCAAGCCUUUGUUUAUGACUUUCCCAUUACUCGACCGUGUCGGCUUCUUGGGCAGGCGUCACGCGCAGCAGGUUGCGACAGACUUCACUGAUCAUCUGGUCUCCAGACUGGAGAAUCGCUCUGACAGCGAAGUGGAAGCACAGCCUAUUCUGGCCAGGGACCUUUUGGAAGCAAAGUGCGCAGGCGAGUUUACGGAACAGCAAUUUCGCGACAAUGUCACUGUUUUAUUUGUGGCCGGUCAAGAGAACCCUCAGCUGGCUCUUGUCUCGGUCAUGUAUCUGCUCGCAAAGGAUCCGAAAGUACAGGAAGAGCUCUUCGACGAGCUGGUUGCCUAUAGAGAGGAUGAAAUGACCGAAAAUAUUAUGCAAACAAUGACACAGUUAACCGCAAUCAUUUACGAGACUCUUCGCCUCUUUCCUCCCAUCAGCCAACUCAUCAACCGAAGAGUCGCCAACUCGGUACACUUGGGAGGUGAUAUUCUCAUCAAAGAAGGCACGUACGUUGGGUACAACUGCUACUCGACAAACCGCGAUCCAGUUGCCUGGGGACCGGAUCCUGAUGUAUUUCGUCCUAGCAGAUGGGGCACGUCUGCAGAAAGUGUCCGAAAAGAGUAUCGCAGGCGCAAGGCGCGUGCAGAAUUCAUUUCGUUUCACGGUGGGAAACGCGCUUGCCUGGGCGAGCAAUAUGCGGUUCUUCAGAUAAGAGUGACCCUGUGCACCUUGGUCCGUCGGAUGCGAUGGAAGCUGGAUCCUACAUGGAAAGAGAAAAUGACACCUGCCGGUCCUUUGUGGCCUAAAAAUUUGCGGCUCAUCUUUGAGGAGCGAAGUUCUUACAGUACUGAUAACUCAUGA